UUGGCCUGCGGGGGUCGGAGCUUGUGAGACGUCUUGAAAAGUCGGGCCAGUUGUGGCGCCUCGGAGGAAAACAGUGAGUUUGCAUCGAAUUCCCGUCGUUUAUAAAAUGAACAGCGUGUUUAGAUCGACGGCUCGGGCUGUCCGGGCGGUGACAUCGCUCUCCGGCUUAAAUCAGUGGUCCCGGUCCAUGUGCUCCGCCUCUGAGGUCCAUAAGAACCUGGCAGAGGUGGUGAAGAAAGAUAAGGUGGUGGUCUUCAUGAAGGGAACACCUGCACAGCCCAUGUGCGGCUUCAGCAACGCCGUGGUCCAGAUCCUCAGGAUGCACGGAGUGGACAACUACGCCGCUUACAACGUGCUGGACGACCAGGACCUCCGGCAAGGGGUGAAGGCCUUCUCCAACUGGCCGACGAUUCCUCAGGUGUUCUUUAAUGGGGAGUUUGUUGGAGGCUGUGAUAUCCUCCUGCAGAUGCAUCAGAGUGGAGAUCUGGUGGAGGAACUAGAGAAACUGGGCAUCAGAUCGGCUCUGCUGGACACGGAGAAGGAGUCCAAGUAGGACCAGCUGAAGCUGUGGUGGGUUUAGAGACAUGCACAUUUCUACAGAGGCUGACCCGCUGAAGACCAAACUGCCCUCAGCCCCCUGCAGGAAGUGAUGUCAGAGGUCCACAGAACGCCAGACUCCUCAGAAAGGCACCGUAUCACUCGUUCCAUCUGCUCCAGCUGUGCUUCCGCACUUCUGUGAUCCUUUUAGAAACACGUGUAGCGCACUGCGUAUUUAAGGUCAUGUACUAUGAAAUAUUAUGAACUGAACUAUAUUAUAAACUGUAGUUUUGGAAGAAUAAAUACUUUGUCAAUAAAAUAUUUUAAAAGUGUUUAUCAGCCUUGGAGUCAUCUGGGUCUUUGCCCCCCCAGUGAUAUGAGGGUCAUGCGUCACUGAGAGAGAUUCAUUCCUGUAUGGAAAACUUCACUAAAUUCCGUGUUUUCUCUGUUUUUUGUUUUUUUGGGUUGUUUUUUUUGGCUUGGAUUACUUGAUUGUCCCCUGGACUCACAUUUCGAAUAUAUUUUAAAUGUUUCCCAAAUUGCAAUAUUUGAUACUAUAAGAGCAUUUACCAAAUAAAAUACAAUAAAAUUAUGUAGCAUUUC